AUGUCCAGACUAUUUGCCGUUACAGGCCAGAACAACAAACGCAACGCGGGAAAACGAUCAGUCGAUACGGAGAUCCUUCUCAGAGAAGUGCAGUCUAAGGCAAGAGACUCGGAUCGAUAUGCGAUGUCUGUGGCAAGAAUGAACUUUCUACAUGCUCGAUACCGCCGUGCGAACAAGAUCACCGACCCCGACCUACUUCACACCCUCGGCGACGGCCUUGCUGUGAUAAUCAAUGUAGUCAACAGAGACGAAUGGCGUAAAUUGACCGAUGUCGAAGUAUGUGCUCUCGGCAUCUUCCACAAGAACCUAGGUGAAGAUAUGGGCAUUCCCUUCGAUCUUUUACCCUCGUGUAAAGAAGGCUGGAUGGACGGGUUGCACUUUGCAAUGGAGCUCAAGAACUGGACCGUCCAAUACGAACAAGAAGUCUGUCAGCCGGUGCCGACAAAUGACCAAUACGUCAGAGUCUAUGUCGACUCGACCCUGUCUUCUUUACCUAGUUUCUUCAGGGCAGCCCUGAGGAAGUCGCUGGGAGCCGAAUUGGACGACGUGGUUCGAUUGAGCCUCAAACUGGAAUCUCCCGGAAUCCUCCUCUCCACCUUUCUAGCACUAGUUCGCAACUCGAGGAAACUCGGGCUCCGUCACCUUGCCCUGCCGCGCCCCGACUCAUCUGCAGUCAAACUCGUCAACGACACCCCGAACCCCGAGACUAAGCUCUACAACUUUGGACGGAAAAGCCUUCAACCCUGGUACAUGCGGCCAACAACGUGGUCGACUUGGGGUCCGGGUGCAUGGCUGGUCAAAGCGGUCGGUGGGAAGGUUCCGGGCGAACGGGGAAGCAGAUAUUUCCCCCAGGGAUAUGACUUGAUGACCAUUGGGCCUGAGCCUCAGCGGGAGAAGGGGAGGGUUCCUCAAGUCAAGGUGGUUCUCGAUGGAAUCCGCGGCGUCAUCACCGUCGUCAUGGCGGACAAGAGCGCCCAAAUCGUCGUCACGGCCUCGGUAUUCCUCCUCCUGACAUGGGUUGCCGUCAGCCUCCGCGUGUAUUGCCGCACGGCAUUGGUGCGAUCAGUCGGUAUCGACGACAAGAUCAUGGUCUUCCUCUUGAUUUACGGAGGAACUCAUGGGAUCGGCCGCCGUGGUUCUGAGAUCACUGCUGGGGAGAAGAGAACCAUGCUGCUGCUAUGGUGGAUCCUCGAGCUACUCAACGUCGUCUCAACAUGUCUCCUCAAGAUCUCAGUUGGCUACUUCCUCUCCCGAGUUGCACUCGAUCGGCCGCACAUCUGGAUAAUUCGAGCUCUCAUGGUAGGUACAGUUGUCUUCGGAACGACAUACUUCUUCAUGGUAGCUUUCCAGUGCAGACCAGUACCAACGUACUGGGAGGACGGCCCAAGAACACCGGAAAAAUGCUGGCCCUCGCGGGUAACCUACAUCAUGACGAUUGCGGCGACGGUCAUCAAUACGAGCGCCGACUUCGUUUUCGGUGCUUUGCCGUGGUUCAUCGUCAGAUCCAUGAAUCUUCCGAUCGGGACCAAAAUCGUGGUAGUGUGCAUCUUGGGGCUAGCUGCUGUAGGAAGUACUGCGACUAUUGUUAGAGCGUUCCAUAUCCCGACGUUACUGGACAGCGAGGAUUUCCUUUAUGGAACCUCCAACUUUGCGAUAUGGAGUACAGUAGAGCCGGGGAUCGGCAUCGUAGCAGCCUCGAUAGCAACGUUACCACCUCUGUAUCAAAUGAUGCUUGCCAAGAUGGGUCGCUCAUCGGUUUACCGUCAACAACGAGACAGGUUGGAAAGACAACAGGCUCGCAGGAAUGAGACGAGUCGGGUGGUGCGACAGGCACACAACCUCGAUCCGGAGGAUGGGCUGGCCGAUUCGGAUAUCACCUCACCCCACGGGAUCCUUGAAGUCAACCCGCCCUCUCAUCACGUCAGCAAACAGACAGAGUCGACGGUCAAGACGAGCUCGUCUGGGAUUGGAUCUCCACGACUGGGAAUGAGCUUGUUCGAUGUGGAUGUUCCAACGUCACGGUUGAGACUCAGCGAUGAUCUUCGGCGGACGAUAGAUAGGCCUUCUGAGGAGUGGUUAUCGAGGGUCAAGGAUUGA